CACACCAAUUUAAUAAAUCAGGAAAAAGAAUUUCAGAUUACCCAGUCUAGGGUGUGGAAACUGGAAGUCCGGCUUCUUUUCUGUCUCAUCAGCCACCGCCGUCGCCGCACUGAAUAGCAAACUUGAUCGUACUUACACCGACGUGGCUCGAUCCUCGUCUUCCGAUAGAUUGAUUACUCUGCUUAUGCAUUUUCUGCUCCAUCAAAUUAUUACUGUGCACAUUGAAUAUUUGGGGUUUGAUAUGAUAGACAUGACCUGGUUCAGUGCCUUGUUACUUGGGGCUGGCUGCCUUGCUUUGGGGUACUUCAUUGGAGCUCGGCAGUCUGCCCGUAUUUUUCUUUCUCCCCGAGUAUCGAAAGGCUCUGAAAUUGUUGUUGAAGGUAAAUCAAAGAACCGUGGUAAACAGCCCCUUGAGAUCGAAAAACUAGCUGACAUUCUUGAAGAUUUCAAAAUGGUUUUGGUUGUGAGGAAUGACUUAAAGAUGGGGAAAGGGAAGAUUGCUGCACAAUGCAGUCAUGCUACUUUGGGUCUCUACAAGAAACUCGCAAACCGGGCACCGAAAUCUUUAAACAGGUGGGAGAUGUGUGGGCAGGUUAAGGUUGUCGUGAAAAUUGAAGGUGAAGAUGAUAUGCUUGUUUUACAAGAAAAGGCAAAAUCACUAAACUUACAAACACAUAUUACCAUUGAUGCUGGGAGAACACAGAUUGCUCCAAAUUCAAGAACAGUGAUGGCAGUUUUGGGACCCGCAGAUAUGGUCGACAAUGUGACCGGUGGAUUGAAGCUUUUAUAGUGGAAGUUCUGCUAUUGUUUGGCCUUAAAUGGCGGAAGAGCUCCUAAGUUUACAGCUGCAUUGAGGAGCUUCUAUUGGACGUUGUUUUUAUUGUUGCCGAUGAUGAAAAUUUUCAACGAUCGAUCAAUUCUUAACAAAGCGUUGAUAUUGUUUACUCAAUGAAUUAAGAUUUCAUACAUUUUAUUAUCUGACCUUUUUUGCCUUAA